AAUAACUGAAAUGAACAAUGAAAUGAAAAAAUGGAAUCUGUUUUUCUAUUGUUUUUCCGUCUUCUCUCCCACUGCAUGCUGGGAGUACAGGGCCGUCAGAGUGUACAUGUUUCAGGCUAAAGCUCCAAAGUCUCUGCCUGUAUGCAAAUUCAGCAACUAAUCAUCUUCCAAGAGAACACCGAGCCUAGUUCUCCCAACAGGCUCUGCUAUGAAUCAGUGUGAGGACAGGGAGGAGGGAGUCCUUCCCUCUAAAAGCACUCUGGAUGAGGAACAUAAGAGUCAGACACAAGCUCUAAGGAUGAAGCAGCAACGACCACAAUCUCCUGAAGCCAGUGGGGUCUCCAUGAAGAGUGAUGGGUCCAAGGGUGCUGUUGUUAACUUCAAAGAUGGACAACACGCUAAUGAAGGAGCAGAUGAGGAGAGCGCAGAUGUCCCCUGUGAUCAGUCUACCCAGCAGCAUCAAUCAGAUCUGGACUCUGUAUUUAUGCUUCUGGAGGAGAACAUUGUGACGUUUGUGAAGAAUGAGCUGAAGACGAUUCAGAGGGUCCUGAGUCUGGAUUACUGUUUGGAGAGUUUGAGGGAGGAUCAGGUGGUGUUGGACAGGGAUGAAGAGCAGAGGAGGAGCAGCAGAGAGUCAUUUCAGAAGAUCACCCUGAACUUCCUGAGGAGAAUGAAGAAGGAGGAUCUUGCUGAUCGUUUGCAAAGCAUAAUUUUUGCUCCACUGUGUCAACAUGAACUCAAGUCUAACCUAAAAGAGAAGUUCCAGUGUGUGUUUGAGGGAAUCACUAAAGCAGGAAACUCAACCCUGCUAAACCAGAUCUACACAGAGCUUCACAUCACAGAGGGAGGGACUGGAGAGGUCAACGAUGAACAUGAGGUCAGACAGAUUGAAACAGCGGUCAGGAAACUGGACAGAGCAGAAAGAACAAUCAGACAAGAAGACAUGUUUAAAGGCUCACAUGGAAGAGAUAAACCAGUCAGAACAGUGAUGACAAAGGGAGUGGCUGGCAUUGGGAAAACAGUCCUAACACAGAAGUUCACUCUGGACUGGGCUGAAGACAAAGCCAACCAGGACAUACACUUCACGUUUCCAUUCACCUUCAGAGAGCUGAAUGUGGUGAGAAAGACAAAGUUCAGCUUGGUGGAACUUGUUCAUUACUUCUUUACUGAAACCAAAGCAGCAGGAAUCUGCAGGUUUGAAGAGUUCCAGGUGGUGUUCAUCUUGGACGGUCUGGAUGAGUGUCGACUUCCUCUGGACUUCCACAAUAAUAAGAUCCUGACUGAUGUCACAGAGUCCACCUCAGUGGAUGUGCUGCUGACAAACCUGAUCAGGGGGAACCUGCUUCCCUCUGCUCGCCUCUGGAUCACCACACGACCUGGAGCAGCCAAUCAGAUCCCUCCUGGCUGUGUUGACCUGGUGACAGAGGUCAGAGGGUUCACUGACCCACAGAAGGAGGAGUACUUCGGGAAGAGAUUCUUAAAUGAAGAAGAGGCCAUCAGAAUCAUGUCCCACAUCGAGACAUCACGAAGCCUCCACAUCAUGUGCCACAUCCCAGUCUUCUGCUGGAUCACUGCUACGGUUCUGGAGGAUGUGUUGAAAACCAGAGAUGGAGGAGAGCUGCCCAAGACCCUGACUGAGAUGUACAUCCACUUCCUGGUGGUUCAGACCAAAGUGAGGAAAAUCAAGUAUGACGGUGGAGCUGAGACAGAUCCUCACUGGAGUCUAGAGAACAGGAAGACGAUUGAAUCUCUAGGAAAACUGGCUUUUGAGCAGCUACAAAAAAGAAACUUAAUCUUUUAUGAAUCAGAUCUAAAAGAGUGUGGCAUCGACAUCAGAGCAGCCUCAGUUUACUCAGGAGUGUUCACACAGAUCUUUAAAGAGGAGAAAGGACUGUAUCAGGACAAGGUGUUCUGCUUUGUUCAUCUGAGUGUUCAGGAGUUUCUGGCUGCUCUUCAUGUGCAUCGGACCUUCAUUAACACUGGAGUCAAUCUGCUGUCAGAACAACGAUCAUCCAACUUUUUUCAACUUUUUAAAGAACCUGAACCAUCACAGUUCUACAAGAAUGCUGUGGACCAGGCCUUACAGAGUCCAAAUGGACACCUGGACUUGUUCCUCCGUUUCCUUCUCGGUCUUUCAUUGAAGAGCAACCAAGCUCUCCUUCGAGGCCUUUUGACCAAGACAGGAAGUAGAUCACAGACCAGCCAGGAAACCGUCCAGUACAUAAAGAAGAAGAUCAGUGAGAAUCUGUCUGCAGAGAAAAGCAUCAACCUGUUCCACUGUCUGAAUGAACUGAAUGAUCAUUCAUUAAUGGAGGAGAUUCAACAGAACCUGAGAUCAGGAUGUUUGUCUACAGAUAAACUGUCUCCCGCUCAGUGGUCAGCUCUGGUUUUCAUCUUACUGUCAUCAAAAAAAGAUCUGGACGUGUUUGACCUGAAGAAAUACUCUGGUUCAGAGGAGGUUCUUCUGAGGCUGCUGCCAGUGGUUAAGGCCUCCAACAAAGCUCUACUCAGUGGCUGUAGACUGACGGAGAAAAGCUGUGAAGCUCUGUCCUCAGUUCUCAGUUCCCGGUCCACAAGUCUGAAAGAACUGGACCUGAGUAACAAUGAGCUGCAGGACUCAGGAUUGAAGCUGCUUUCUGCUGGACUAAAGCAACAACAUUGCCAACUAGAAACUCUAAGUCUGUCAGGUUGUCUGAUCACAGAGGAAGGCUGCGUUUCUCUGGUUGAAGCUCUGAGCUCUAACCCGUCCCAUCUGAGAGAACUGGACCUGAGCUACAAUCAUCCAGGAGACAUGGGAAUGAAGCUCUUGUCUGCUGGAAUGGUGGAUUCACACUGGAGACUGGAAACUCUCAGGUUGGACCAUGGUGGACCUCACAGAGUGAAAAAGAAGUAUGCCUGUGAACUGGAAGUGGAUCCAAACACAGUGAACACAAAACUAAAACUUUCUGACAACAACAAGAUGGUGACACACGCAGAGGAGGAGCAGUCAUAUCCUAAUCAUUCCGAGAGGUUUGAUGUGUGGCCUCAGCUGCUGUGUAGGAAUGGCCUGACAGGUCGUUGUUACUGGGAGGUUGAGUGGACAGGAAACCUACAUAUAUCAGUGAGUUACAGAGGAAUCAGAAGGAAAGGAGACAGUGAAGACUGUUUGUUUGGAAGAAAUGAUCAGUCCUGGUGUCUAAACUGCUGUGAUGAUGGUUAUUCUGUCUGGCACAAUAGUAGAGAAACAACUGUGCCCACUUCCACCUCAUCCGUCUCUAACAGAGCAUCAGUGUACUUGGACCAUCCUGCUGGCACUCUGUCCUUCUACAAAGUCUCCUCUGACAAACUGAUUCACCUCCACACCUUCAACACCACCUUCACUGAACCUCUUUAUGCUGGGUUUAGGGUCUGGUCUGGUUCAGCGUCUCUGUGUAGUGUGUAGAUGAAUCGCGUGAACUUAAAUUUGAUUCCAUAUCAGCUAAAUGGUUAAGUUCAAAGAUACUGGUUAAAGCUAAAACAUGCUCCACAGUAUCUGUCUGAUCUCUGUUCAGUGCUCUGUCUCACUCUUUGAGGUCAUCAGAUCAGUCAUUUCUUUACCUUUCCCUAACAUUAUGGUGAGGGGCCCACUGUGGGCCCAAACGGUGGAAUGCAUUACCUGUGUACAUCAGGCAAACUAGUUCUGUCUCUGUUUUAAAAUCUCUCAUUAAAGCACAUUUUUGUCUUUUCACUUUGAAAAAUUGACAUUUGCUCUCUGUGCUAUUUUAUUGCUAUUUUAAUUGUUUUUUAUGUCUUAAGUGUUGUCUUUAGUGUUUUAACUCUCCAGAUCUCUGUGUAUAGCAACAACUUUGUUAUUUUUAAAGUGCUGUAUGAAUAAAGCUGAUUGUUUGGUUGUUUGA